AUGGCUGAUAUACCCUUAUUGACAACCCACCGGUUCUCAGAUCUACCACUAUCCAAUAAAAUUGUGAAAACAUUGAAUAAAUUGGGGUUUGAGUAUCUAACUUCGAUUCAAAAUGCAGUAUUGCCGCUUGCAUUGGAAAGGAAAAAUGUACUAGCUGAGUCUCCCACUGGGUCUGGUAAAACUCUAGCCUUCCUUCUACCAGUGAUUGAAAGGUUGGGAAAUGAAGGAUUCGGAGGUCCCUUGCCCACUGAUAUAAGCAUGCUGGGUUGUAUAUGCCUAUCUCCCACACGGGAGUUGGCAAUGCAAAGCGCCAAACAGAUGGAGAAACUGGCAGAGCCUUUCGGUUUAUCCGUAGGCUGUUGUAUUGGGGGCGUAGGGGACAAAAGGGAUAAGGCAACCGCAUCAAAACAUGCUAUUUUGGUUGGAACUCCGGGGAGGAUUUUGGCGUUACUUGAAUCGCAGGCGUUAGUUGAUUUGAACAAUGUUAGUUUGCUAGUCUUGGAUGAGGCAGAUAGAUUGGUAGAUAUGGGAUUCAAGCAAGUGAUUUUUGAGAUUGUAAAUCAGCUACCCAGCGACUUACAAGUACUACUAUUUUCCGCAACGGUUAAGAAUGCGUUGAGCGAUUUGUGUAGAUUGGUUUUGAGGAGUGCUCCCUAUGAAAUGGUUAGCCUAGGGAACGAUUUUGAUGGGUAUACAAAUUUGUCCAAGAAAUUACACCAGGAAUAUUGGAUCGUUCCAACUGGCGAAAAGUUGUACAGUUUGUUCAACUUUCUCUGCUUUAAUCAAAAGAGACGUAUCUUAGUAUUUUUUGCCACAUGCAAGCAAGUUCGCCUAGUUUAUCAACUGUUGAAGCGUACAAUACCAGCUAUUUCAUUUAUUGAGUUACAUGGCAAACAAAGUCAACUUAAGAGGAGUAAAAAUUUCUGUAACUUUUCCAAUAAUAUGAAAAGUGGAUGCUUCUUAACUACUGACGUCACUGCCAGGGGGAUUGACUUUCCCCAAAUCCACUGUGUAGUACAAGUUGAUCUGCCUGAUAGUAUAGAAACAUAUAUUCAUAGGAUAGGCAGGACCGCUAGAUUUACUGAGAAGGGGAGGACAAUCAUAUUUCUCACAAGGGAGGAAGCUCCAAUUGUAGAGUCAAUUAGGACUAGGGGGAUGAUAAUAAAGGAUGGGACUCAUGGAAUAACAGCAUCUGCAGGGAAUGUAAGUAAGAAACGAUUCAAUUUUCAGCAAAAACUCAAGGAAAUUCUUACAAGAAACCCAGAGAUUAAAAUGAUGGCGCAAAGAGCAUGCAUUGCCCACUAUCGCAGUUUAUUAGUGUCAGAAGCGAGGCGACUUAGAUUGUUGGCCGAUGGGGAUAUAAUGGAACGAGAUAAGCAAGAAAUUGGCGAUUUAGCUAUGUCCUUUGGUCUGGCAAUCCCCCCUGUAAUAACUAUCGCAUCUGGUAGGCCCGUGUCUAAGCCAUCAAAACUUGCAAAAUUGAAGGAUAAGAUUAAGGCGAAAGUGGACAGUAAACAUGUAGAAUAUGAUAUGAACAUUGAUAUUAAAGAUGUAGAAAUUACCAAUAAAAGUGAUACUUUUGGUUCUAUUCUAGAAUACGCUUCUGGAUCAGAUGAAGAAAUACUGACAGUGAAACGUGUAAAUUGCGAUCCGGUAAAGGAGACAUUGAAUAAUCCAAUAAUUAGCGUAUCUGACAGAAAGAAGUUAAGGCUUAACAAACGUGGCAUUGGGAAGGUUAGAGGCACAUUUGGCUACCUAGGUGCUGAACUCAGGCAUAAAACUUUUAGUGAUAGUGAUAGUCAUGGUGAUAGUGAUGGUGAUAGUCAUGGUGGGGAAAAUAAUCGUUGUCAAGGGACCGACAUUGAAGUUAACGAGCUAGAAAAAAUCGCUCUCAGCAUCUAA